UUCCAUGUUGUUUUUACUAGGAGCAUUGAAUCAGCUCACGAAGAAUCUGGCGUGCGAGUGGGCAAAAGACAAUAUACGGACUAAUAGUGUUGCACCUUGGAUAACAAAGACUCCCCUUGUGGCUGAUAUUCUGGCUAACAAGGAAAUGGUGGAAGAAAUGAUUUCUUAUACUCCCGCUAGACGCUUUGCCGAGCCCAGCGAGGUUUCAUCUUUGGUGGCAUUCCUUUGCAUGCCGGUUGCUUCGUACAUCACUGGCCAAGUCAUAGCUAUCGAUGGAGGAUUCACUAUCAAUGGUUACUACCCAUCAAAAGACUAAUAUACAUCAGUCCCAUAGAUCGAUGCAAGUGAUAAUAAAUGUUUCAUGAGUAUCGUGGGAUUAACCCAUGAUACUAGA